AUGGAUAUCCUAUCAUCAGUCGCGUGGGUUAAACGUGGGGCUGCCAAAGCAACUCCAAUUAAAUUUAUGCCAGAUGAAGAAGAACUUAAUAGUAUGAUUGAUAAAAGCGGCGACCAUGAUGAUGAUGAUGAUGAACACAAAACAAAAGAUGUUGAGAUGGAUGUUGAGAAAGAUGAUGAAGAUCCCGACGAUGAAGAUAAUGUUAUCAUACCCGGUGUAGGUCCUAUUGGCAUGUAUGCUUCUAAUCGUGAUGAUCCUUUACUUGAAAUAAAAGAUGAUGGUGAAGAUUCAGAUGCCGAAGAUUUUCUCAUUCGACCAGAUGAUAAUCUUAUCGUUGCUGCACAUAUUGAAGAUGAUACUUCUAGUCUUGAAGUUUAUGUAUACAAUGAUAAAGAAGGUUAUCUCUACGUACAUCAUGAUAUAUUAAUGUUGAAUAUGCCAUUAUGUUUAACAUGGUUUGAUUAUGAUAUCAAUGAUGGAAAUACAGGUAAUUAUGUUGCAGUAGGAAGUAUGGAAGGUAUGAUUGAAUUAUUUGAUGUUGAUCUUGUUGAUCAAAUGGAACCAUUAUAUACAUUUGGAAAAAAAUCAAAGAAGAAAAAAUCGAAAAAAUCUUCCAAAAAAACAAACAGUAAAUCAGGUGAAGGUCAUGAUGCUGCAGUACUUGAUUUAUCAUGGAACAAACUUGUCCGACAAAUAAUUGCAUCAAGUUCUGCUGAUGCAACUGUUGCCUUAUGGGAUUUAAGUCAAAUGAAAAUGGCUUUACAUUUAGAUAAAAUACACGAAAAACAGAUUCAAUCAAUAUGUUGGCAUCCAACUGAACCACAAAAUUUACUUUCCGGUUCAGCAGAUAAAACUGUAUGUUUAGUUGAUUGUCGUGAUGCAAAUAAUAAAUCAAGUCAACAUCGAUGGACAUUUGAUUCUGAUAUUGAACGAGUUACAUGGAAUAUAUUUGAUUCGAAUCAAUAUUUAGCAUCAACUGAAAAUGGUUAUGUUUAUGCUAUGGAUAUUCGACAAACAACAGUACCUGUUUUUAGUUUAUCCGCUCAUGAUAGUGCCGUAACAGGUUUAUGUUUAAGUCCAACAGUACCAGGUUUUCUCGUAACAGCAUCCUUUGAUGAAACUGUUAAAAUAUGGGAUAUUGAAAAUGGAGGUGUUACAUUUAUUGCCGAACGACAAUUUCAAACAGGUCAAAUCAAUACAUGUAUUGCCAAUCCAGAUUUUCCAUUUACAUUUGCUAUUGGUGGACAAUCUAAAGGUUUACAAAUAUGGGAUUGUACCGAAAAUGCAAAUGUUCGUUCACGAUUUGGUACUCGAGCAAAAUUCGAAAUGGUUGAAGUAGUAGAAGAAACUGCAUCUGCUAAACCUGUUGUUUCAGCUUUUCCAACUACUUCUCCUAAUGUAACAUCAGCUGUUUUGAAAGCUCAACGAAAAAAAUCAUCUAAAAAAAAAUAA